UGGAUUCUUAACUAAAAUCAGUUUGUGCCUCAGAUGGUAAGCACUUGGUGCCCACUCUGCUUGCCUCCAGAGAAGUGGUUCAGUUUGACGGUUCCCUGAAGAAACAACAGGAGCAGGACAAACGAGAACCAGAAGUAAAGGAAUCAGAAACUUGUCAGAAGCCCAGAGCCUCUGGAAAGAUUCUAAAAUGAGUCUGGAAAAAUGUUCAGCUCCUCUCUGGACCACAUCUGCUGACGGGCAGGUGAAGCUGAGAAGGGACCCCACGUGCUCACAAAUGCCAGUAACAGUUCACCAGAUGUUUCAAGAAUCUCUAGAGAAAUACAAGUCUCUCAAUGCAUUAGCCAGCAGGAAGGAUGGGAAAUGGGAAAAGAUAACUUUUUCCGAGUAUUACAACCUCUCUCGGAAAGCAGCCAAAAGUUUCCUAAAGCUCGGCCUUGAACGAUUCCACAGUGUUGCAAUUCUGGGUUUCAAUUCUCCCGAAUGGUUCAUUUUGGCAGUAGGAGCUGUUUUUGCUGGCGGCAUUGUGACAGGGAUCUACACAACCAGCUCUCCAGAGGCUUGUCAUUACGUUGCUCAUGACUGCCGAGCCAAUAUUGUGGUGGUGGAAAACCAGAAGCAGUUGGACAAAAUAAUGCAGAUCUGGGAUCGUUUACCAUACUUAAAAGCUGUCGUGAUGUAUAAAGACAGUGUGCCUGAGAAACAUCCCAAUUUGUUUAUGAUGGAUGAAUUCAUGGAGUUGGGAGAUGGAAUUCAGGAUGGACAACUUGAUGCUAUUAUUGACUCCCAAGAGGCCAGCCAAUGUUGUGUCCUGAUCUACACCUCUGGAACAACAGGGAAGCCGAAAGGAGUCAUGCUGAGCCACGACAAUAUCACCUGGACAUCCGCACACGCCAGUCGGGCAGGAGAUGUGCAACCCGCUGAAAUCCGGCAGGAAAAGAUCGUCAGUUACCUCCCCUUGAGCCACAUCGCUGCCCAAAUAUACGAUCUCUGGACUGGAAUUAAGUGGGGUGAAGAGGUUUAUUUUGCAGAACCGGAUGCCUUGAAGGGAAGCCUGGUUGAGGUCCUGAGAGAAGCACUACCCACCUCACAUAUGGGAGUGCCCCGGGUGUGGGAGAAGAUGAUGGAGAAGAUCAAAGAGGUUUCUUCGCAGACUGGAUUGCUGAAGAAGAAGAUGCUGUCCUGGGCCAUGUCAGUCACUCUGGAGCAAAACCUGAGCUGCUCCAAUAGUGAUUCAAAGCCCUAUUGGAUGAGGAUGGUGGACUCUUUGCUCCUCGCUAAGAUCCGCUGUGCCCUCGGCCUUUCCCAGUGUCAGAAGCACUUCUGCGGAGCUGCCCCCCUCCCUGUGGAAGUAUCGCAGUUCUUCCUUGGCCUGAACAUCCCCCUUUAUGAAGCGUAUGGGAUGAGUGAAACCACCGGUCCCCAUUGCAUGUCUGGGCCACACAUUUAUCGACCUAACAGCUGUGGCAUGGCUGUCCCAGGUUGCCUCAUUAAGAUAGUGAACGAAGAUGAACAUGGCAACGGGGAGAUUUGCUUUUGGGGACGGACAGUCUUCAUGGGCUAUUUGAACAUGGAGGACAAGACCAGGGAAGUGAUUGACCAAGAUGGCUGGUUGCACUCUGGAGAUCUUGGAAAGAUGGACAAGGAUGGAUUUCUUUAUGUCACUGGAAGAAUUAAAGAGCUUAUCAUUACAGCUGGGGGUGAAAAUAUCCCUCCUGUCCCCCUGGAAGAUGCUGUCAAGAAGGAGCUCCCAUUAAUUAGCAAUGCUGUGUUGAUUGGAGAUCAGAAGAAGUUCUUGUCUAUGUUGCUGACCUUAAAGUGCUCAGUGGAUCCUGAUACAUCUGAACCAACUGAUUGCCUGACCCAGGAAGCCAGAGACUUCUGCCAAAAAGCUGGAAGCAAAGCCACGCAGGUUUCCGAAAUUGUACGCGCAAGAGACCACGCCGUGUACCGGGCUGUGCAAGUUGGCAUAGACCGCGUCAAUGGGUGCUCCGUCAGCAACGCUCAGCGCAUUCAGAAGUGGGCAAUCCUAGGAAAAGACUUCUCCAUUUCUGGUGGAGAAUUUGGUCCGACAAUGAAAUUAAAGCGGCAAACAGUUGCUGAGAAGUACAAAAAUGAAAUUGAGGCUUUUUACAAGGAUUGUUUAGCUGCCUAGGCUCUGUCAGGCCAGGAAAUCCUGCCAGCUUCUUUUGUAGAAGACUGCUGCUCAGAGAGCAUUAACUGUUCCUACGCAAACAUUACUUUGAAAAGAUAUGAAUAGUUUUUGCAAUCGGCGCUCAAAGCAUCUUUGGACUCUGGUGAAUUACUUCUCAA